AUGAAUCUCAAACUUCUUCUUAGUCUCCUCUUUAUUGUAUGGAGAUCAACGUCGGCAGAUGAAUUCACAAAUCAUUGGAGGGCGACGGAAGACGUUGCCAACGUUCAGUUUUGUUCACAUGACAGUUACAACAAAGACGGUUCAUGUGUAUGUGAUGUUGACUACACGGGUAACUUUUGUUUGAAUCGAAAAUGUCGAAGCUUUGGAUUCGAUGGAUACCUGCCAAAGAAUCCGGUAAAAGUGGAUCGUUGUAUUUGCCCACCAGGAUUUCUAGGAAGAAAUUGUGAACCAGUGUCCUGUGUGUCCGGAAAGAGCCAAGUUUACUCAAGUUUGAAAACUGAAAAAACCAUUUCUCUACUUGCUUCAUACAACGUAAAAUUGCAAAAAAUCUGGGAAAAUGGAGAUAUCGGACAAUUGAUUUGCAACGAAACUGACUACGCAAGAAACUUCAAUUACAAUUAUGAGAAUGCCACUCUUUACACAAAAAACGAAAAUAGUUUAUCUUGUGUCGCCAAGCUCAACCAAUACUUAACUGCUGACAGUUGUACAGACGAUGAUGAGAAACCAAUUGCUUGCAUUCCAUUGGAUAUCAACAAUUUGAACUCAAUUGUUCAAUAUUCACCUCCAAAUUCAAUUGUUAGUUAUUCUUGUUUUGGAAAAAGUUUCUAG